GUGCGCGCACGCAUGCGGCCAAAGGGCUUGGCACACGUUACAUCGAUUUGAAGAGCCCGCCUUUGCCGAGCCAUCGCCAUCACUGCCCAAUUCUUGCUCGGUCUGCAGUUGUUCAAAGGCAGCGCCGCGGGGGGGCUGUUCUCGGCACGGGCGGAGGGAUGCCGUUCCAAAGGGCGCGCGGUUGGUGGCAGGCAUUGCAGCUCUGGUGCCACCAGGCUGGGCAUGACGUUGCUCUGGCCGUUUCGGCCGCUGCGAAGCGGCUGCCUGGCGCGACCAGGAUGUUGUGCGACGGUGCUGUCUGGCUCCCGGGGCACGGCCGCGGGCGCAGCCGCCCCGCCGCCCUCGGCGGCGGCCCGCCGCCGGCAGGAGGCGCCGCGGCCGCGCCCGCCCCCGCGCUCUACUCGCACGGCGACGUGGUGGUCAUCCAGGGUCUGCUCGGCGCCGCCGAGUUGCACCUGAACGGAAGGCUGGCGCAGGUGAUGAGGCCCGUCCGCCCAGCCGAUCCGCACGAGACCGGCACGUGGUGCGUCAGGCUGGAGCCCUGCGACCCGGAGGGCGCGUGGCUGCGGCUGCGCCCGGCGAGGCUGCGGGCGGCCCUCGCCGCGACACCCGCGCACGGCCCGUGCCAGGGCGCCGACGCCAUCGGGCGGCUGGCGCACAUGUCUCCGAUGCGGGACGUGCUGCGCGGGCUGGGCGCGGAGGCGCUCUGCGCCCUCAGGGCCUGCGGUCGGAGGUGCCUGCGGCUGGACCACGAGAUGGGCUCCGCCGCUUGGCGCACCGCGUGCGAGCGGCAAUGGGGCUCCAAGUCGUCGCGCUUCCACCUGACCGACGAGCGCAGCGCGGAGCUGGCGAGAGCCUUCCCUGGGGCGUCGUGGCGCCAGCUGUACCACAGCCACAUGUCCGCGGCCCGCGAGCCGUUCGGCCCGCGCCACCUCACGGAGUUGAGUUGGGGGUUCAACUUCACGCGCGAGGCCGGAGGUGUCGGCCUCAUGACGGCACAGAUCGUGAGGUUCGAAGACAAGUCUGAGUCGAUGGGUUGCAGCGUCUUGCACAUGAGGGGCUUCCAGCCGCUUCCGUGCCGGCUGCACGGUUCGGUCUUGCAGAUUGCGAAUUUCGCGCCGCACAUCAUCAGGCGCCUCCCCAGUUGGGAGUGGCAGAUCGCCAACUCGAACGUGAUCUUCCUGUCUGGGCCCCUGUUGCCCGUGGAGCUCAGCGUCGAUGAUACCAUCAGAAGUCUGCACUUGUUUCCUGAUUCCUGUCUGCUCGGCAUCCCCGAGGACGGGCCGUGACUGUGGACCGGCCACGGGCGUGGACACUGCACGGCUACCAGCCCUGGCGCAAUAUGUGUCUUGGUUGUGUUCGCCAUUCUCUUCGCCCACGGCGCGCGGGGAUCGGCGGAUUUUGUCGCACCUCGCAGUCCCGAGCCAAGCACGAGCGCGGCUUCUGCUUCCAUGUGUAUAGGGCCGCCGCGGUCAGGCUCGUAAUUUUUUAUAUCAAAAAAUUAGCGCAGCCGCUGCCUGAAGGGCUGCCCCCCCCCCCCCCGUCAGGAGUCCUCUUCUGCCGGCUGGCCCGUCCCAGCCGCAUGGUGGGUGGAGAGGCGGAGCCGAGCGGCCCAGAGCCCGUGGGCCGCAUGUUGCUGGCCGGUGCUCCACACACCUUGUGCGGCUCGGCUCUGCGCUUCUGCCCGACGGGCCCCGAGUUGCCUGCGCAACAACCCGCUAGUACAAUACAGUUGCGUGGCUGACGUUGAGCGCCCUCGACCUCCCUCCUCCGUCAUAACC